AUGCUGACCUCUUGGCUUUCCAACCCUCCAGCUAGCAACCGGUCGAGCGUCGACGAGGCUAGAGGUGCUGCCGCCGCCGAAGAUGACGACACCCUUGUGGUCGAGCCCGAUCAGGGUAACGUCCUCGGCCACAUUAUAUCCCAGCUGCGGCCCGGAGCCGAUCUGAGUCGUGUCGUCCUGCCGACUUUCAUUCUUGAGCCCCGUAGCAUGCUAGAAAGAAUUACCAAGUGGGUGUUUCCUGGCAGGAAUUCGCCUUCCGAAGCUUCCUUUGCUGACCCUCUGCGCCCGCCAUAG